CAAGUCUCGCCCUCUCGUUUCCCUCUUUCAUUCGAGGAAAAACAAGCAAAUCUCGCAGACAACAAUGGAACUCCCAAACACCAACACCCAGAUUUUCACACUCUUCAUCUUCCUCUUGUUUCAACUCGUCCCCGUCGUUUUCACUUUCCCAAACAUACCCAACAUAAUUAACCCCCUGAGAGCAAUAACUCAAAUGCAAGCUCAGCAGAUCAUCCCCAAUCACUACCUGCAGCCCCAGUCCCAGUCCCAGUUCCGGCCCCCGGCCCAGCCCCAGCCCCAGCCUCCUGAAACAGAGCAGCAACAAUUCCUGAAUGCCCACAACAAGGUCCGGGCCCACGUGGGUCUUACCCCUUUCGUCUGGGAUGACACCUUGGCCUCCUUCGCUCUCUCGUGGGCGAACAGGCGCAUCCCUGACUGCCGUAUGAUCCAUUCGUUUGGGCCCUACGGCGAGAACAUCUUCUGGGGGGGCCGAGACCACUGGACUGCGGAGGAUGCCGUCAGGUUAUGGGUGAAGGAACACAGGUUUUACGAUCGGAGGACCAAUGCCUGCCUUCCAGAGAGACUCUGCGGUCAUUACACACAGAUUGUAUGGAGGAAUUCGACCAAACUAGGAUGUGCCAGAGUCAAAUGUUCAACCGGUGGCGUUUUUAUUAUGUGCAACUAUGAUCCUCCUGGAAAUAUCAUGGAUCGAAACCCAUUUGCGCCCUAAAGUGAAAAGACAACCGACAGUCAUAGUAGAGCAUCUCCAUUCUUCAGUGAAUCAAUCUCCUCCUACGCUGGAAGCGUUUCAAGCUCAAUUUACAAUUUAUACUAUUAUAAUUUAUAUGUUGUUUAAUCAACAAACGUGGAAAAUUCUCCUUUAUUUUGUUUUACUUUUGUUUUAAACUGGGGUACUUUUUGGGUAGUAGUGAUGUUUGAUUUCAUUGAUUUUUUACAUGAAACCAGUGGAGUCCAAAUGGUUGCGAUGUAUUUCAUAUUAUUUGUCAAUGAGGAGUAGCAGUUGUUGUCUGUGUAAAAAUGAAAUAACUUCGGAUCUUUUUUUAAAUAAAAAAAACUCACGAAUAUUCAAAGAA